CCUAUAACCUCCCCGCGUUUCCGCCCAUUCCUCCACAGUUGAUUCUUCGGGAUGGCAUUGUCAUGCAAAUAGAGGACGCGUAAAAUAUUCCCCCAGAGCGCAGCGCAGGGCAGAGACUCACACGGACCGCGAGGAGGACACAGCCCGGGCCCCACGGUGGAUUUGUAUCAUUUUCGUCGCUUCGGACCCGUCCAUCUGUCACAGACCCCCUGGCCACAUGAGCAGCGACACAGCCGGGACGUGUAGCUGGGAAUCAGGUCGGAGUGUUUAAGGAAAACCUGCCCCGUGGAGAUAGUGACCAUACUUCCAAUUUCCCCAAGAGAAGUCGGAGGUGUCUCCAUCCCCUGCUACAGGCUACCUGCUGCUGCCACGGAGGGGGAACUACGUCUACAGAACCCUGGAUCGCACCCUUUUUAUGUUUUAGGGAUUUCAGGAUCUCUCAAUAUUAACAUUUUUGCACACCAAGUGUGUUAUUUCCUUUCUUGUCCUUUUUGGGAUAUACACGGUGAUCUUUUAGUACUUUAAAGUGCCUUAAUAACUGGUUGUAAUCCAGUUUAACUGUGGCAUUGUCACCAGACCAGAGACGCUCAACAGGACGAUUAUUAUCAGCUUUAGAGCCCGGGCAGGAUUACUGGUUCCCCCCCACCCUCCAGAGAGCUGCAACCAUGAGCCAGGCGGAUGUUUCGACUUGCUCCGCGCCGCAGAGGGUUUUCCAGGAGGCGGUGAAGCAGGGCAACACCAAGGAGCUGCACUCUUUGCUGCAGAACAUGACAAACUGCGAGUUCAACGUCAACUCCUUCGGGCCUGAAGGGCAGACGGCCCUGCACCAGUCUGUCAUUGACGGCAACCUGGAGCUGGUAAAACUGCUGGUGAAGUUUGGUGCAGACAUCCGGCUGGCCAACAGGGAAGGGUGGAGCGCUUUACACAUCGCCGCCUUCGGGGGCCACCAAGACAUUGUGCUAUACCUCAUCACCAAGGCCAAGUACUCCUCUGGCGCCCGGUGAUAUGUCUCUGCUGUCAGGUAAAACAAGAAAAAACAACAAGUGGAAAAUAAAACUGCAACACACGGGAAAGCCAGGCUCUUGUAAAAGCAACACAAAAAAACUGCCAAUAUCUUCAUAGUUGUGCCAAAUUAUAUUUAAAAAAAAAAAGGAAAUAAAAAGACCUGCACAAUAAUCUUCCCUCAUUGUAAACCAAACGGGGUCCUCUCUGCACUCCUGAGUGAGGCACCUCAUGCUCCACACACAGCUACAACACGAAUCUUUUUAACAAAAGAAAAAAAAACGCAAUUUUUGGUGAGUUUGUUGGUACUAAAGCUUUCCACUUGAAUGUGUAUACUAGAUCUUGUCGUCCACUAUAAAAGAAGCCAGUGUGUGUGUGUGUAUCACAUGUGUGUGUUUGGACUCCAGAGUGCAGAUGGCCCAGUUUCUUUUUCUAUCCAUGACCUCCCAUCCCCGGUUAUACAGUUGAAUAGUUUCUUUGUGGGGAGGGGUGGGGGGGGGAGACUGUUGCUCCUCAUUGUUCACUUGUAAAAACCCUUUUUAAGUUAUUUUAUAUGAAACACGGCACUUGAUGCUCUAUGGCUGCAUGCUGGAAUAUCUGAAAGGGAAGACACAGGAACAAGAGAAGAAGGGUUGCCCUCUGUUGGCUACCAGAGGUCUGUUUUCUUUAACUUUUUUUGUUUUACUCAAAGAGCGGCAUUAUGGCUAUCCAACACGCUUUCAGAUGUGUAAUCAUGUAACAACAAGGGACUCCAUCAUUGUUGUGAAGUACUGUACACAAUAGCUUUACUUUUGUUUGUUUUUUUAAGAGAAAAAAGUAGCUGAAUGCGCUCUUCAUGCAGAUCUUAGCUGGCGUCCAACUUGUCAGGCCAGUUGCGACCUUUGGUCAUUGUGUUAUUAAGAGAGAGAAACCGCUGCUUUCGCUUUGUAUCAAAAAAAAGUCGCAUUUGGAAAUCACUUUAUAAUCUCCUUUCAGUAUUUUAUUAACAUCCUAGUCAUCACUGUGAAAGCAGGCUGGGUUUUUAUUUUAUUUAUGAAGGUACAUUGAGAAGAUGCAUUUUUUUGUUGUUGUGGUUCUUCUUUAACAAAAGUGUCAGAAUAUCUAGGGUGACUCAAGCUGCUUCAGACUCGUAGUAUAAACUGUCCCGUGUGGAGGUAGACCUGCCAC